UUUUACUAUUUCAUACUAUAUCGGUCCUUUAAAAGUGAGCCAGCGUAGCAGUCGCUGACAUCAGCUCGUUAGUUCUGUGGUGGGUGAUUUUAUUUGAAAUAAAGUUACUAAGUGAAAAAAAAUGGCUCUGUUUCGUAUAUCAGCAACUACUACGCAGAAAAUCGUACCACAGGCAUCAGUCAUCUUAAGACAGCUCAGCGAUGCAUCUACAGAUCUCAAAGCAGUUCUCGCCGCCCAAAUCCCCAAAGAACAAGAACGAGUUAAGAACUUCAGGAAGAACCAUGGCUCAGCUAAAGUCGGUGAAAUUACCGUCGACAUGAUGUAUGGUGGUAUGAGAGGCAUCAAAGGUUUGGUAUGUGAAACCUCAGUACUCGACCCCGAUGAGGGUAUCAGGUUCAGAGGUCUCUCCAUCCCCGAAUGCCAGAAAGUCCUCCCCAAGGCCCCAGGCGGUUCUGAACCAUUGCCAGAAGGUCUGUUCUGGUUGCUCAUCACUGGUAAUGUACCAACUGACGCUCAGGUAAAAGCUAUUUCCAAAGAAUGGGCUGAACGCGCAGAACUCCCCGCUCACGUCGUUACCUUAUUGAACAACAUUCCCAGCACCGUUCACCCAAUGUCCCAACUCUCCGCCGCCAUAACCGCCCUCAACAGCGAGAGCAAAUUCGCCAAGGCCUACUCAAGCGGUGUGCACAAGUCCAAAUACUGGGAGUACACCUACGAAGACUCCAUGGAUCUGAUCGCCAAACUGCCAGUCAUCGCCGCCACCAUCUACCGUAACACCUACAGGGACGGAUCUGGAAUCGGAGCCAUCGACACCUCCAAGGAUUGGAGUUACAACUUCACCCAGAUGUUGGGCUACGACAACCCCGAGUUCAUCGAACUCAUGAGGCUGUACCUGACAAUCCACAGCGACCACGAAGGUGGCAACGUGUCUGCCCACACCGUCCACUUGGUGGGAUCCGCUUUGAGUGACCCCUACCUCUCCUUUGCCGCUGGUAUGAACGGCCUUGCUGGUCCACUCCAUGGUCUCGCCAACCAAGAAGUACUUAUCUGGCUCCAAAAGAUCCGCCAACAAAUCGGCGACAAAGCCACAGAAGAGCAGUUGAAGGACUUCAUCUGGAAGACACUGAAAUCUGGUCAAGUCGUACCUGGAUACGGACACGCUGUCUUGAGAAAGACGGAUCCCCGUUACACAUGCCAAAGAGAAUUCGCUCUGAAGCAUUUGCCUAAUGACCCACUCUUCCAAUUGGUGUCCAACAUCUACAAGGUUGUUCCUCCAAUCCUCUUGGAACUUGGAAAAGUCAAGAACCCAUGGCCAAAUGUAGAUGCCCACUCUGGUGUCCUUCUUCAGUAUUACGGACUUAAAGAAAUGAACUACUACACCGUUCUCUUCGGAGUUUCAAGAGCCCUUGGUGUAUUGGCUUCUCUCAUCUGGGACCGUGCCCUUGGUCUGCCAAUUGAAAGACCAAAAUCCAUGUCCACCAACUGCCUGAUGAAGGCCCUCAAAGCCAACUAAAGUGAUGGUGCGAGUCUGUUGAAAAUUGAUUCAUUGCAAUACAUGCUUGUGGUGGGGUGUUUUACCGUUCGAACUUAACAUAAUUAUAAACUGUUCUACCUCACGCAAGUGUACUUUUACAUUUUUUAAACAUACGGAAAAUUCAGCAUUAAAGUAAUGCAUUGGGUCAAGUUUUCAGUUUCAUUGAUGCAUGUGAUUAUAUUUCAAAAUUUUAUGCGGUCAUUACCAUUUUUCUGAAUUUAUGGUAGGUAGUUCUGCCUGGUAUACUCUCACUGGCUUACUGUUUUAUUUAAACAAAUUCUUAUAUUAAAAAACUUAAUAUUUUUUAUUUAUUUAUAUUUAUAAAACUUAUUUAAAACAGUCCAGUAUGUUCCCAGUUGAACAUACGUGUUCCUUAUGUUGUAACAUAUCUUAGUGCCGUAUUUAUUUCAAUUUUGUUGAUUUAUUUAGAUUGUAGAUGUUAUAGACUGUAAUAGUUGUACCUACAGUUCAGUGUAAGUUUUUUGUUAUGUUUGAACUGUUCGUAAAAGUUGACAAAUUACUCUCAACUUUUAUGAAUAUUGUUCCAUUUGUUAAAGGAUCAAGUUCUGCGACAAUACUACUCGUAAAGUAAUUUUUAGAAAAUUGAAUGUUACAUCGAAAAUCAAGUUGUAAUUGGUUUAUAAUGUCAGCAUUGUAUCUUCUAGCGAAAAUCACAAACAAUAAAAAAUACGGAAUAUA